UUGACUCUGGGCUUGGUACGGGAGUUGGAGGCCACAAUAGCAAAUUGCUGUUUUCAGAUAAUCACCCAAAUAGCACAGUCACAGCAAAAGGAUGUGUAUGCAGUGGAUUGCUACGUGGUACCAACAUGGCUACCACCACAUUGUCCGGAUACCUCGUCUUUCCCCAAUGAUUUGGCAAACAAGGAUUUUGUCCUCAUACCUAUUUGGAAACCAGGACACUACAUGCUCUGUGUUUUGAAGCUGAGAGAGAGACAAAUCCUUUUCCCAGACUCCUUAUUCCAUCUGGAAGCCUCAGUUGGCUUUGGCGAUCAACGUUACAUUCAGAUUUGCAGCGAUCUUGCACAGAGGAUUAUCCCAGGAGAAUGGACUGUGAUAUACAGCAAGGACAUCAAAGGUCUCCCAAGACAGGAAGAUGGCAAUGCCUGUGGGAUCUUCAUGUUAAUGUAUGCUCUUUACAUUGCGCUGGGGGCAGAUUUUGACUUCACAACUGGUGACAUGGACACAAUCAGGACAUGGUGGUGCCUGUUGCUCCUGUCUGGUCAUUCAGUUGUCAGGUUCGCACAGAAAAGGAAAUAUGAAGAUCCCAUCAUAAUAGCAGAUAAGGAUAAGGAGGAGGCAAAGAGGCCCAGGACAAUCCCUCCUCAACAGUCGGAACGGCAUGAGACGGGACUGCAUGACAUGGGACGCUCCAGGCUGCAGCCAUACAGUCUUGUGGAAAGGGCUUCCCCACUGCGCCCCACCCCACCCAUAUUACAGUUUAAGGUUAUCCGGAGCCGGCUAUCCGACAGGGGCCCCCCGCACCCUGCCUAUAUGCAAUUAAACAUGUUUGAGAACCAUAUGAAGAUAAUAGUAUGUAAGGAACGUUAACAGCUUAAGUAAACACACUUUAAAGUUAUCUUGUAUUUCCAGUUGCAGCUUGGUUCAAGUGACCAAUGAAUGUCAACAGUACAAAAACAACACAGGAAAGGGGUUCUAGUAUGUGACCACACCUAGAGGCAAACACGCCUCGUCCCCUUUAGUUUUCAUACCAAGUGACAGCUGUUAAAAUCUUGCCAGGAGACCUAAGAGGCCAACUGGAGAUUUGUGGGAAGACUUAAUCACAAUAGUGAGGUGCCUGACUAUGGGACCUUUAGCCUACAGGUGAUAUAAAGACAUACAAAGGUCAGUAGUGCAGAGAAGAUUGAUGUGAUAGGAGACCUGCUGUUGGGACCUUGUCAGAGGCUUAGCAGCAGCAUUCUGGACCUCUUAUGGUUCUCCUAUGAUGUAAAGAUGGAUAAAAUACAUAACUUAAUAGUCCAGUUGGGAUCAAAUAAACACAAAUGUAAUCAUAUCCAUCUCAGUUUAAGACAGAACAGGCCUGAGUUUGUAAAUGUUUCUCAAUAGGGGAACAGGCAAAUAUCUUUGCACACCCUGCACAAAUUGUACAGCCUUCUUUUCCUUUCUAAAACUGUUAUAUUGCACAUAUGUUAUUGUGUCUUUUUACAUGCUUUUAUUUUAUUAUUUCCAGUCUGUAUUUAUGGUCUUGACUAAACACUGAAAAAAAAGCCUUUUGAAUUUACUUGAUUUUAAUGUGUACAUGAUCUCUCUCUUAAUUAUUUCUUGUCAAACCAACACAUUUUAUUCACAUUAGACUGUCUAUUGUGUAAUGUUAAGUAAUUUCAUCAUGUCCAGGAUGCCUGAUUUUAGACUGUAACUGCAACUUAAUUUUUGAAAGCUAGUAUUAUGUAAAGGUAACUUUAAAGCAAUUUCAUCAUGUCCUUGGUACCCGAGUGGGGUCUCUAAAUCUAACAUGAUUUGUUAAAGUUAACUCUAUCCAAAUGUAUUGUAGCCAUCGGUUCCUUGUGUGUUGUACUGUAUGUUGAAAUGAUUUGCAAAUUGUCUAUAUUGAGUAUUAAAACUUAGAACAUACUAAUUUUACCCAAAA